GGACAGAGCAGGCUUACAAGACGCUCUACCAACUGAAAGUGGGAUUUUAUGCCUUUUCUUUCUUUUGUGUCUGUCACAUUCCCAUCUUAUUAUUCUGAUUUUUUAGGACAGACAGAUGGUAAGUUUUGCAGAGAAAAAGAUACCAUUGAGAAAACAAAACACACACUCUCUUCUGCUCCUUUCAACUCCUUUAUCUUUUCUCUCCAACCUCUAAUUGAAAGAAAAAAAAAAAAGACAAAAAGAAAUACCCCUACUUAAACAGCAAACAGCACUACAGCAACACCAUUUGAUUUUAUAUGCAAAGUAACCAAAAUGGUCUUUCUCAUAUCUUCUUCCUCUUUCCCCACUUCUCUUUAACUCUCCCAUUUGUAUACAUAAAAUAUAAAAACACCACCACUACCAUCUCAUUCUUAACUGUUUCUUGAAUUCAUAGAGAAAGAUUGAGCUUUUAUUAUUUUUGUUUCUUGAGUUUAGAGUUGAAAGAAGAAGAAUUUUGUGGGAAAUUGUAACUCCGUGAUCCAAUGAAGAAAGAUCUAUGUUUUGUGCUUAACGUUACGUGUUUUUGAAGGGACUGUGUGGUAAUACGAAGACAGCGUUUUUGGUUGCACAGAAAAUUAACACAAGUCAUGAUGGCUGUGACAUCAAGCUGUAAAGACAAACUGGGGAUAGACAGUGGGAAAUAUGUUAGGUACACACCUGAGCAGGUAGAGGCUUUGGAAAGGGUGUAUCAUGAAUGUCCAAAGCCCAGUUCACUCCGUCGUCAGCAGCUGAUUCGAGAGUGUCCGAUUCUAUCCAACAUCGAGCCAAAACAGAUCAAAGUUUGGUUUCAGAACAGAAGAUGUAGAGAGAAGCAACGUAAAGAAUCAUCGCGGCUUCAAGCUGUGAACAGAAAAUUGACAGCAAUGAAUAAGCUGUUGAUGGAAGAGAAUGAUAGGCUGCAGAAGCAAGUUUCACAGUUGGUGUAUGAGAAUAGCUUUUUCCGCCAACAGACUCAAACUGCAGCCCUUCCCACCACAGAUAACAAUAGUUGUGAAUCUGUGGUGACGAGUGGUCAACACAACUUGACCCCUCAGCGUCCGCCAAGGGAUGCAAGCCCUGCGGGACUUUUGUCCUUAGCAGAGGAAACUUUAACAGAGUUUUUAUCAAAGGCAACGGGAACCGCUGUGGAGUGGGUCCAAAUGCCUGGGAUGAAGCCUGGUCCGGAUUCCAUUGGAAUCAUUGCUAUUUCUCAUGGUUGCUCAGGAGUAGCCUCGCGUGCUUGUGGCCUUGUGGGUCUAGAGCCUACAAGAGUUGCUGAAAUCCUUAAAGAUAGACCGUCGUGGUUUCGUGACUGCCGAGCGGUGGAUGUUCUCAAUGUGAUGUCCACUGGGACCGGUGGAACCAUUGAAUUGCUAUACAUGCAGCUCUAUGCACCUACUACACUGGCACCAGCUCGUGACUUCUGGUUAAUGCGGUAUACAUCUGUUAUGGAAGAUGGUAGCCUUGUGGUAUGUGAGAGAUCUCUGAACAACACUCAGAAUGGUCCUAGUAUGCCACCCGUGCAGAGUUUCGUGAGAGCAGAUAUACUGCCAAGUGGAUAUCUGAUACGACCCUGUGAAGGGGGUGGUUCUAUCAUUCACAUAGUUGACCAUAUGGAUUUAGAGCCAUGGAGUGUGCCUGAAGUGUUGCGUCCACUGUAUGAGUCAUCAAUGCUGCUGUCGCAGAGGACAACUAUGGCGGCAUUACGUCACUUGAGACAAAUUUCUCAAGAAAUUUCUCAUCCUACUGUCACUGGUUGGGGAAGAAGACCUGCAGCUUUGCGCGCGCUUGGUCAAAGAUUGAGCAAGGGUUUUAACGAGGCCGUUAAUGGUUUUACCGAUGAGGGAUGGUCUAUGCUUGAAAGUGAUGGUAUGGAUGAUGUUACUAUUCUUGUCAACUCAUCGCCCAGCAAAUUGAUGGGUGCAAAUCUCUCUUACGCCAAUGGAUUUCCAUCAAUGAGCAGUGCUGUGCUAUGUGCCAAGGCUUCUAUGCUUCUACAGAACGUACCUCCUGCCAUUCUGCUAAGGUUCUUGCGGGAACAUCGAUCGGAAUGGGCAGACAGUGGUAUUGAUGCUUAUUCAGCUGCUGCAGUUAAAGCUGGUCCAUGCAGCAUACCAGUCACUCGAACUGGAGGUUUUGGUGGACAAAUCAUUCUUCCGCUGGCUCACACUAUUGAACAUGAAGAGUUUAUGGAGGUGAUAAGACUUGAAAGCAUUGGCCACUAUCAAGACGACAUGAUGAUGCCUGGUGACAUCUUCCUUUUGCAACUUUGUAAUGGAGUGGAUGAGAAUGCCGUUGGAGCAUGUGCAGAGCUCAUGUUUGCUCCUAUUGAUGCCUCUUUUGCUGAUGAUGCUCCUCUCCUUCCCUCUGGUUUUCGUAUCAUUCCUCUGGACUCCAAGGCAGUGAGUAUACUUGCCAAAUGUAGUCUGGAAUUGCAAGUUUUCUCGCAAAGUUCUGUUAAUUUAUUUCUCAAAUCAAUGCAGGAUGCCUCCAGUCCAAACCGCACACUGGAUCUUGCAUCAACUCUUGAGGCUGGAAGUCGACCUACUGGGGAUUAUUCCAAGAACUCUGGUUGCACCAAAUCGGUUAUGACAAUAGCAUUUCAAUUUGCAUUUGAGAUCCAUCUUCAAGAAAACAUAGCUGCCAUGGCACGUCAAUAUGUCCGCAGUAUCAUAUCAUCUGUUCAGAGGGUUGCUCUGGCUCUUUCUCCAUCACGUAUUGGUUCUCUUCCUGGUCUAAGGUCUCCACCUGGCACACCUGAAGCCCAGACCCUUGCCCGUUGGAUUUGCCAAAGCUAUAGGUUCUUCUUAGGCGUGGAUCUGCUCAAAUCUGUUAGUGGAGGAAGUGAAUCCAUCCUGAAAGAAAUUUGGGAUCACUCAGAUGCUCUCAUGUGUUGCUCUUUGAAGCAACUGCCAGUUUUCACAUUCACGAAUGAGGCAGGCCUUGACAUGCUAGAAACCACCUUGGUAGCCCUUCAAGAUAUUACUCUCGAAAAGAUUUUCGACGACAAUGGAAGAAAGGCGCUCUUCUCUGAGCUUCCACAGAUAAUGCAGCAGGGUUUUGCUUGUCUUCAAGGUGGUAUCUGUUUAUCAAGUAUGGGAAGGCCAAUAUCAUAUGAGAGAGCUGUCGCUUGGAAAGUAUUGAAUGAAGAAGAAGAUGCCCAUUGUAUAUGUUUCAUGUUCAUCAAUUGGUCUUUUGUCUGAUAAUUUGCACAUCAAUGUAGGAACGGAUACAAACUUAGAUCAGUAACACCCCUUUUUUUGUUAAACAUACUUUAUGGAUCAACCUCUUAGUUGCCUUUAUAUCGUUUAGGCAAAAACUCUGCAAGUGGAAUCGUUUUGCCUUUCCCAUUCUCAUCAAA